AGCAGCAGCAGCAGCAGACGAAUUCCAGAUAGACAAACGUCUCAAGAGAAAGACAGAGAGAGCAUGGCGGCCAUCUCCUCCACCUCCUACUUCUCCUCGCAGCCGCAGCUGCCGGCGUCCGACGGCGCCAACCCUGCCACCACCAGAAGCAGCAGCAGCAACGGCCGGCAGCCCCGGAGGCGGCGGACCGGCAGGUGCGUCAUGCUCGAGGCGGACGCUGCCUCUGGCAGUGGCAGUGUCGGCGCGGCGGUGGGGAGGAGGACGAGGAGCCUCACGGAGGAGGACCUGGAGGAGCUCAAGGGCUGCCUCGACCUCGGCUUCGGCUUCUCCUACCACGAGAUCCCGGGCCUCUGCGGGACGCUCCCCGGCCUGGAGCUCUGCUACUCCAUGACGCGGAGGUUCCUCGACGAGCAGAGGACUCUGGUCGGGCAGCUGGAGCCCGCCGCCGCCACACCCAUCCCAGACUGGAAGAUCUCCGGCCCUGGUGAUGAUCCUGACGAAGUGAAAGCUCGGCUCAAGUAUUGGGCACAGACAGUGGCAUGCACAGUCAAACUCUGCACCUAGUAGGUCGGGAACUCGGGACUAGGGAUGGGCUGUGCUAAGAUGCUUCGGUUGACAUGUGUGCUAAGAUGGGCUGAACGGAAGGUGGCUGAAGCUGAAGAAAUCUGCUUACAUGGCUCUAAGACAUGUUAUACCGAGGAGAUGCUUCGGUUGCACGCUAUCGGGAUAACAUAACAGAUCGGUGCUUUCCGAAAACUUCAGAGAGGGAGAUGACUUAUGACACCGCAGAACAGAGAGAAAUCUCGAGCCGAUAUGUUGUCUGAGCUUUAAUGAAAGCAUCAGAAGCUUGUCAUUUGUCAGAGGUGUUUUAAACAUGCAAUUCAGAGAGCUGCUAGUGUUUCUAUUCUGCAUUGAAAUGAUCACUAGGAGCUCCAACUGUGUUGUACUGUGCCAAGUUGAGCUUGCAAAUAUGUUGGUAGAUUAUUGGCUCUAGCAAAUAAGUUGAGCUUGCAAUCAUGUUCCUUUGAACUUUGAUUUGCUUUCAAAGAGUAGACACUGUAUAGGACGUUCAUGAACAUAUUUGUUGAUUUUGUUGUACUGCAA